GUCUUGAUUCCCUCGGUCUCAAACUCUAAAUCGGGAUGCAGCGGCAGCUCUUGAACAAGCUUAGUUGGAGACCCAUCAAUGGGUUUGCUCAGUUUACUCAAAGGAGAGCGAUGCACGAUAGGAACAAGAAGGCAAUGGAGUUGAUAGCCAAAGGGUGGAGCGCUUUGAAGGAAGUUGAUAGAGUAAUUGACUAUUGUGAGCUCAACGAUCGCCGACUCAUUCCUCUAUUAAGGGCAGCAAAGGAGAACUUUGAGUUGGCUCUAGAGACUGACAACUCAAAUACCCAUGCCAGGUAUUGGCUGUCCAGAUUGCAUUUGAAAUACCAUGUUCCAGGGGCGUGCAAAGCUAUAGGAGCUGCUUUGUUAGUUGAAGCGGCAAAUAUGGGUGAUUCAGAUGCACAAUAUGAACUUGCUUGUCGUCUUAGAGUUGAGAACGAGUAUGUCCAAUCGGAUCAGCAAGCUUUCGAUUAUUUGGAGAAGGCAGUUGAUCAGUUGCAUCCAGGUGCACUAUACCUUCUGGGUGCUGUGUAUCUGACUGGAGACUGUGUCAAGAAAGAUGUUGCCUCUGCCUUGUGGUGUUUUCAUAGGGCAUCAGAUAAGGGACAUGCUGGCGCAGCUAUAGCAUAUGGGUCUCUUCUUCUUCAAGGUGUUGAAGUCCCAGAAUCUGUGAUGAAGUUGACUUCAAAAAGGGGUUCUUUAGCCAGAAAGACGAGAAAAAAUGCAGAAAGCUUUGUCAGAGACCAGGCAGGAAUGGCAAGAGAGCGGUUUCAGAUUGCUGCAAAAGCAGGAUGUGAUCUUGGACUAAAAUGGUUGGAAAGACUUGACGAGGAAGAGAAGCAUCUAUUGACCGAAAACAAAAUGGUAGAAAAUGUCAAGGAGUAAAGGUGUGCUAGUUAUGGAGUUAACCUCGCGUAUUAUACCGUGCAUAAAUGGUACAGUCGAAUUAGAGAAUUCUGCUCCUGCUCAACUGGGCAUGGAGAAGUUUUCAUGAACAACUACAGAUGUUAUUGUAGUACAAGAAUCUGAAAACUUCUGGGAGCGUUUUCCGUCGGCUUUUAUUGGGAGAUUUUCGUGGUCAGAACGCCGGAAAGAAAAUGGUUAAAGUUGCAGAUGAAUGAACUAUGGAGUGCAUAUUUCUUAUGUAUGUCUUCCGAUUGUGUCA